AUGAGUGGAGGAGGCAUGGAAUCCGUGGCCAGGCUGCGAUCAAACGGCAGUGGUGCAGCCAAUGGACAGCAGAAGAGAGAGCGCUGUGGCGACUUUCAGAUGCCCCUGCACUAUCCAAGGUACACUCAAUCCGACUACGAGACCAUGCCGGAGUGGAAGCUCGACUGUUUGCUUAAAGAGUAUGGGCUACCGAUUGCUGGGGACGUUGAACAGAAGAGGAAGUUUGCAAUAGGAGCCUUCCUGUGGCCUAACUAG